CAAAAGCUUGUAUAAUACGUGAUUACUUAUUAGAAUUUAAAAUUUAUCGACUUGCAGAUAAUUUUAAAGGAUUUAAAAUACUAUUUUAAAUAACAAUAUGGUUACCGCGUAUUAUAUUAUGAAAAUGACAAGAAAUAGAAAAAAUACAGACAUUCAUGAAUAUUAUAGUAACCUGCGGGACGAUACUUAUUCGAAAACAUUAUACCAUAAAGACCGUAUAAUGUGCAGGAUCUGUAUGAAGGAUGGUUCUGUACCAAUAUAUGGUUCAGGAAGUUGCGAUGUAAUUGAGGCUUUACGAAUUUUCGGUAAUAUAGUGGUCAGGGAAGAAGAUAACUUCCCAAAACAUCUUUGUAAGAUAUGUUAUAAGUUUAUAAAAGAAGCUAAUUUAUUUAGAAAAAUAGCAGCACAAACUGAUAAAUUUUUAAAAUCUCCGAUCAAAGAAGAAGCUGUUGAUGUAUCGCUGGACUGUCAUGAAUGUCCUGAAGAAAUUGCAAACCAAGACCCAGUAAGAAAUUGGCCAGUAACUGUCACCUCAGGAAAUCAAUCCAAGAAUUGCAAAAUGAAGGUUAUCUCUAAAGUUCAAUGCUAUGUGUGCAAUAAAGUUGUAAACAAAUCAUAUUACAAGGAACAUUUGACAAUGCACGAUCCUAACCAUCAUAAGUAUGUUUGUGAUAUUUGUGGUAAAUCAUUUAGACUUCGAUGUGCAUACCAUAAUCACAGCCUCCGUCAUGAAAAUGGCUUUCCAUAUAAAUGUAAGUUUUGCCCAUAUAAAGGCAAAUAUGCUGAACUUCUUAAAACGCACAUGAGAACUCACACAGGUGAUUACAGAUAUAUGUGCACCGAAUGUCCAGCUAGGUUUCUAUUUAAAAGUAAUUUAAAUAGUCAUAUAUUAAACAAGCACAAAGAAAAAGAGCACAAAUGUGAGGCCUGUAAAAGAGCAUUCCACACAAAGUUAGCUCUGCAGAGACACUUUGAAGUGGAUCAUUUGGGCAUCAAAACACAUGUGUGCAAUAUAUGUGGUAAUACAUUUGGAUAUAGAAAUGCAAUGAUGAAACAUCAAAGAAGAGUUCAUAAGAGAGAGAAAAUGAUGUUUUCUCGAAUGCCAUCAUAUUUACAAGUUGAAAAUAAGAAUUAAACAACAGAUGUUUUAAUUUAAGCUUAAUAUAAUGUUUCAUUUUCAUAAAUAGAAAAUUUAUAAUUUUAUGUGUGAAAAGAUUUAAUAG